UAUAAUAUUUCAGGUAAAGAAUCUUGUCUCGUUGGUUUCUCUAGCUACUAAAUUUUCUAUGCAUUUGAUGAAAAGAAGUAUUUCAAUUACAUGCACAAGAAUGUACACUCAAUUAAAGGGCCAAUUAUUCCUAGUUUUCUAAUAGCUUCUGUGUGAGUUUGUACUUCUUAUGCAAUGUUCAAAUGCUAUGUGGCAAUUAUAAUAUCUGGGAUUUCUUCCUUUUGUUGGAAUUUUUGUUGCUUUACUUGUUACUGGUUAGGUGUGGAUGAUGCUAAUUGGUUUUUUUUUUCCCAAGAAUUGUUUGCUGAUGAGGAGAACUUUAACAUCAGUGCCUGUGUAAUGAAGAAGUUUAAUCUCGAUGAAAAAAAGAUCCAUUUUAGUUUUAAGCCUCAGAAUUGCACAAUCUGUGCUUGAGCUGCUGAAUAUGUAUAUAUUCUGAGAAAUUUGAAAGAAAAAGGAAAAAAAAAAAAGAAGAAUUACAGAUGGCUGAUCCUCCUCCAGAAAAGAAGGUUCGUGGAGAGAAGUCUGAUGAGGAUAAUAUUGAUAGGUUGAGUGCACUUCCGGACUGUGUUCUGCUCCACAUCCUUUCAAGUUUUAAGACAAAAGAUGCUGCUGCCACCUCAAUUCUGUCUAGGAGAUGGAGAGAUCUUUUCAUUUCACUUCCUGAUAUUCAUCUCAGUAUUUGUAUGGAUAAUGAUGCUUCUGACCGUGAUAGACUGUUCUCUGAUUUUAUAGAUUUCUCCAAUAGAGUGUUUCGACAGCGAAAUAAUGCUCCCAUUAGAAAAAUCCGACUCUUUGUGAAGCAUUUUGUUGAAAGGUACUGUUUGGCCUUUGAGUCAUGGUUGCUAUCUGCUGCAGCUGCAAUUUCUUUGUCUAGCAUCCAAGAACUUGAGAUUUCGGUGCUAAUUAAUGAAACAACCAUGCCAUUUCUAAUAUCUAUUCCACCUGAAUUUCUCUCAUGUAAAACACUAGUUUCUCUAUCACUAAACCUUGGGGCGGAUUGGAUUGUUCCUGAUUCAGUGUCGCUGCCAACUCUCAAGUUCCUUAACUUGUCGGGAUUCAAACUGGUAGAUGAAGAUUGCUUUGUGAGGUUUCUUCGGGGUUGUCCUUUGCUUGAAGAAUUGAUGUUGCAUUUGCGGCCUUUCUCUGAUGAGAGGGAGAGUGGAGAAGGUAUUGAGGUUGAAGUUCUUGAUAUUUCAAAUCCUUCGUUGAAAAAACUGAUACUCUGCUGGCAUGAGAAAGUUGAACUCGAGUUCACUAUCAUCACAAAGUCAAACAAUCUUGUAUAUUUGCUCUGCUUCCUUGAGGGACAGCAUAAAGUUACUAUAGAUGCUCCAAAAAUUACAUCUUUGGACAUCGUCGGUCGUGUACUUGAAGUAAACAUCAUUCAAGACCUGAUGUCUCUAGAUACUGCAGGAGUGCAAUCUGAUUUUCUUUAUUAUAUAACAACUGAAAGCGACUUAUUUUUACGUGGUUGGCAUGCUUUUAAGUUUAUGAGUAGGGGUAAAUAUAAAAGAAUGACAUAUAAGUAG